AUGUACUGGUACGGAGUACGCACGAGAUUGGGCUCCUGCCCAGGGGUGCAGGCGAUCCGCCGAGCGCCGCCGGGCUUGGCGGGCGCCGAGCGCCUGGAGGACGAGCUUCCCUCGCACCUGGGCGUGAAGAACGGGUUCUACCACGUUCCAGCUUCAUUCGAGUCGCCGCUCCGGACCACCCAGGUCCGCGAGUUUGCGUCGGUGCCCCGCAACUUCGCCCCGGACGGCGCCUGGCAGAGGGCGGUGGAGGACGCCUACAUGAGGUUGACGCACACGCCAUUGCCAACCACUCCGAUGACCACUCCAAUGACUGAUAGGGUGCCGCUGAUUAUUCCAGAGCUCAGGUUGCCGCCCUCUGAGAGGCCCCAGCAGGGAAACAUCUUGCGGAUCGGCGACUAUUUGGAAUUGCCAGUUGCUCCUCAGGCUCCUGCACAGCCGCCCAUGCUCACGGACAGCUGCGGGCACUUCCUGACGGCGCAGUGCGUCGGGCAGCCGCUGACGGGCUGGCCGGGCCUGGCGGGCGAGCAGACACCCGGCCCGCCGACUUUUUUGCCGUCCCUUCCGGAGGUCGGCUUCGGACAGGGUAUGCAGUGUCCAUUCCAGGGGACGCUGCUCCAGGGCGGCGAGUGCCCGCCGCUGCUGCCCCCGGAGGCCCUGCUGGCGCAGAGCGGCCAGCCCCAGGGGGCGUGCCUCGGCGCGCAGGACGCCUCCGCCAGCCUCGUGCAGAUGCUCGCGGACCAGCAGGCGUGGCAGCAGCUGAUCCCGCAGCCGCCUCCCGCGGCCCCGCCACAGGUCACCGGCCAGCAGGGACACCUCUCCAUCCAGCAACUGCCGGCGCCAGCGCAGCAGCCGCAGUUCCCGCCCCCGGUGCAGCUGCCGCUGGCCCCACAGCCGCAGCCGCAACUGACGCAGCUGCUCGGCAUGCAGCCCCUGCCGCCCGCGCCCAUGCCGGUGCCGCAGCCGUCCGCUCAGCACCAGCACCAGCAGCAGGUGCAGAUUCAGCAGCUGCAGGCCCUCCUGGGCAUGCAGACGUCGCUGCCGCAGCUCGCACCCGUGCAGGCCGAGGCGCUGAAGCCGUGGGCCGCGCCGAGGGCGCCCGCGGCCCCGCAGACCAGCCCGCCAGCGGCGGCGCCGGAGGGCGGCGCGGGCUCCAGGUGGUGCGACACCCCGCUGGACGCGCUGUACAUUCCGCCCGCGCCGACCAGCCCGCCAGGAGUAGCCGCUGCAGCUGCCCAGCACCCACCCAGCACCAGGGUGAGCAUCUCGGCGAGCCACUUCCCUGAGCCCGGAGUCGCGUCCGCGGCGGCCGCGCCGCCGAGCCAGGCCCCCACGUUGCAGAGCGUCUUCGCGGCGUCGGGUGCCCCCUCGUGGAUGCCCGGCGCGCGCUGGCCGUGA